CCUGGCCGCGCCCAGCCGGCGGUUACGCGGGGGCGCAGCUCACGCACCGCCCCCAGCGGAGGGCAGGAAGCGUGGAGGUCGCCGGGGCGAGCAUAAAAUUCUGCGGCCGCUGCCUCCCGACGCGAGCUGGACCCAGGGGGCGGCUCUUCCCGGAGAGGUCGGCGUAGGCCCGGACGACAGCCACGGGAGGAGCGCGGCGGUGCCGAAGAGCCUGUAUCAUGGAUGCCCUUUCUGAAGCAAAUGGCACCUUUGCCUUUCACCUUUUAAAGAUGCUGUGUCAGGACAGCCCUUCACGCAACGUGUUUUAUUCUCCUGUGAGCAUCUCUUCUGCCCUGGCCAUGGUCUUCCUGGGGGCAAAAGGAAACACUGCUGCCCAGAUGGCCCAGGUGCUUUCUUUAAACACAGAGAAAGAUAUUCAUCAGAGUUUCCAGUUACUUCUUACUGAAGUGAACAAACCUGGCACCCAGUACUUGCUCAGAACAGCCAACAGGCUCUUUGGAGAAAAGACGUGUGAAUUCCUCUCAACCUUUAAGGAAUCCUGUCUUCAGUUCUACCAUGCUGAACUUGAGCAGCUUUCCUUUGCCAAAGCUGCAGAGCAGUCCAGGAAACACAUCAACACUUGGGUCUCAAAAAAGACUGAAGGUAAAAUUCAAGACCUGUUGCCGGAUAGCUCGAUUGAUGCACAGACCAGGCUGGUUCUUGUCAAUGCCAUCUACUUCAAAGGAAGGUGGAAUGAACAGUUCAACAAAAUGUACACAAGUGAAAUGCCUUUUAAAAUAAACCAGAAGGAGCAGAGGCUAGUGCAGAUGAUGUUUCAGGAAGCUACAUUUAAGCUUGCCUAUAUUGAAGAGGUGCAGGCCCAGGUCCUGGAGGUGCCCUAUGUGGGUGAGGAGCUGAGCAUGCUCAUUCUGCUCCCAGAUGACAACGUGGAUCUAAGUUCGGUGGAAAAACAUCUCACUUAUGAGAAAUUUAGAGCCUGGACCAAGCCAGAUUGUAUGAAGAGUACCGAAGUGGAAGUUUUCCUUCCGAGAUUUAAACUGGAAGAGGAUUAUGACAUGGAAUCUCUGCUUCAGCGUUUGGGAAUGGUUGAUGCCUUCCAGGGGGACAAGGCUGACUUUUCAGCAAUGUCAGCUGAGAGAGAUCUGUGUCUGUCCAAGUUUGUGCACAAGAGUGUCGUGGAGGUGAAUGAGGAAGGCACAGAGGCCGCGGCUGCCUCGGCCGUCGUGGUUGUGGAGUGUUGCAUGGUAUCUGGACCAAGGUUCUGUGCUGACCAUCCCUUCCUUUUCUUCAUUAGGCACAAUGCAGCCAACAGCAUUCUGUUCUGCGGCAGGUUUUCUGCUCCCUAAGGGUGAGCAUUUCCUGUGUCCUCCUGUCUUGCACCACAGCCCUGUGAACAUGGGUCUUUAAAGCCAAGUGCCUAGGUGAUGAGGGCAGAUUCCUCAUCCGUCUGAAUCUCAUGCUUGUCCACACUCAGCUCUCUCCAUACUGACCACUCAUUUGCCCUACUUAGUCGAGAUCAUGGGACAAUAGAACUUAAUGAUUCCCUGUUGUAUUUAAAAUGCAGUCCAAAUCCCAUAGGAUGGCAUACAAAAUAUUCCUAGAUGACUCCAGACUUCUUCCCCACUCAUUCCACAUGUAACUCAUUUUAGUUACACCAUGUUCUGCCUUGUACCUCAAAACUUGUUGCAUACUUGUCUUAGCCUAUUUCAGUAGUAGUACGUGCUUCUAGCUAAGGCAACUGUUUUAUAGUUUUCCUGGUACAUGUGCUUCUUAGAGUUUCUUUAAUGCACAUUUUUAUUUUAUCUUUGACAUUCAUGCAUCACCAAGUAUGUGGAAAACAGGGCAUCAGGCAUUGGAGACAAAGGGGCAGAGUCAUGGUCUUUUGACAUCUGGUCUUUAAUACUCA